ACGAGAAACCCUACUUGAGGUUCACUCGCCUGCCCUAUCCUGGCACGCAUAUUUCCGGCUACCUGUUUGCCGCGAUGGCGCGACGACCAGCGAAAUGCUACCGCGUGAUAAAGAACAAACCUUAUCCCAAGUCCAGGUACUGCCGCGGCGUCCCCGAUCCGAAAAUCCGCAUCUAUGACGCGGGAAUGAAGAAGUACUCGGUGGAUGCGUUCCCCACUUGCGUACAUCUCGUAAGUUUCGAGAAAGAGCAGGUUUCUUCCGAAGCGAUGGAGGCCGGCCGCAUCGCAGCCAAUAAAUACAUGGUGAAGAACGCUGGCAAGGACCAGUUCCACCUCCGUGUUCGCCUCCAUCCCUUUCAUUGCCUUCGCAUUAAUAAGAUGCUCUCAUGCGCCGGAGCGGAUCGUCUCCAAACCGGCAUGCGCGGCGCUUUCGGCAAGGUGCAGGGUACCGCGGCGCGCAUCGCCAUCGGUCAGAUCAUGCUCUCCAUCAGAACGAAGGAUGUGCACGGCGCAAAGGCUGUUGAGGCCUUCCGCCGUGCAAAAUUUAAGUUUCCUGGUCGUCAAAAGAUAGUUACCUCCCGCCAAUGGGGAUUCACCAAGUUCACACGUGAGGACUACGUCGCUUGGAAACAGGAGGGUCGUAUUCAGCCUGACGGUGUGAAUGCAAAGCUUUACGAGAACCACGGUCGGCUGGAGGCGCGUCCUACAGGUACUCUGUUUCUUCAGCCCGCUCGCGUUUACAAGGACCGAGUCGGGGCCUAAUUUGAUUACAUAGCGACAUUUAAAAUUGCAUCGUCGACAUGUAUUCUCUCUAUCAUCAGUGCCGAAAACAAAACCCACAUCUUACGCUUCGCGGCAGUUCAACGCGGAAAUCUCAAUAACUGACCAGACUGGUAGCUUGCCGUAGUAGAUCACUACUAUUUCGAAACUUAUUUAUGAUAUCAUAUGAUAUAUCAAAUCAUACCAUACAUACGAAGUAAGGUAUUAUGAAUUUCAACCUACCAGGCGUGACGUUUUUAAUAUGAAGAUAUAAAUACGAUAU